AUGCCUUCGGAUCAGCUGGCGAGGCUGGGUGGUUGGCGCUUCAUCGAGGUGAUGACUAAGCACUACCUCACAACCAUUCCGAAGGAGGCUGUGCUGCUGAAGGCAGGCUUCACCGAGGUUGACGGUGACUACUUCCUUGGUCGCGCAACUGUGCCGUGCAAGGAUUACAACUGCAAGAUGGUCAAAAAGCAGAAGCUGGAGAAGCAGGACACCGCGGGGCUAAGCAUACUGAAGGAGCUGGAUGGGGAGGCUAGGAUGGCGGUCGCAUUGGUGGCGCAGAACCAAGUAACCGUCCUCACUGAGUACCUAACUCGUUCACAAGCAGACAACACCAGGCUGGGCCUAGAGUUGGUCGCGACUCAUAAACGGGUGAAAGAGCUGGAGGGGCUGCUGGAGGAUCGGUCUCGAAAGCUGGCCGCGAAGGACGAGCGCGUGAAUGAUUUGGAGGCCCAGCUGUCGCGUCUCACUGUAAGCAGCUCUGGGCCUACCGCGGAUCCGAGUCUAGCAGACACUCCUGGUGCCGCGGCCGAGCCUGCAAAGACCACAACUCCCACCGACCAGGGAACGAGGAAGAAACCCGCACAGCCCACGAGGGAAGAGACGAUUCGGGACGCGAUUGUCCUCCCAUGGGUCAACGCGGCAAAACCGUCGGACGGAUGGAAGCUUUACAAGUCCACGCACCCGCUGAUCGGCGAGAGUCCGGAGUCGCUUAUCGCCCAGCCCCGCGGUGCAGUUACGCGGUUGGCCGAGCUUAUUGGGAAGGCUGGAGGUGGCCCGAACGCGAUAAACCAUGUCAAGCGAGUCAUGGACCUCAUCGCCCACAGGGUGGAGCAAGGGGACAACCUCGCGGUCGUGCUCGACAAGCUCGACCUCGUGUCUGUAGCCGUGGGCAUGUCGGGUGUAUCGGAAGGGGCCGCGGCGAAGAAGAAGAGUUUUGACUUGACCCUAAGCGAGCUGAAGAAGGGUUCCCCGGCUGAGGUGCAGUUGCGUGUGAAAUGGAUGCUUGUACGUGACCACUUCAUCGAUGCCUCCCUUCCCGCGUCAGAGUUUGCGGUCGCGUGGCCACAGUAUUGUGCCCAGAUGCCACGCCUAGAUUAG